AAACACAUUCCAAAUUUACAUUGCUCUAUCAUUUUCAUCUCUUCCUUUUCAUCGCUAUGAAAUGAAAAGUAGCAACGAACGAACCCUAAAAAGCGUGAGUAUACAUAGCUGGUGCUCUCUCUCGUGACUCGUAAAGAAAAUAAUUGGUAUUAUCCCAAUGUCUAAUUCAGAGGAUGACACCAUGAUUCCGCCUGCUACGAAGAAAGUUAAACUCAACAAUAGUGAUGAACUAAUUCUAGACAUGCUCAGCGAAUUACCAGAUUGUGUUAUUCUUCACAUACUUUCAUUUUUGAACACCAAAGACGCCGUUCAAACUUGCAUUCUGUCCGUAAGAUGGAAGGAUCUCUGGAAACAUCUUCCCGCCCUUAUAUUCCAUAAAUCCAACUUUCGAACUCAUAAGAUAUUCACCAAAUUCGUGUCUACGGUUUUAUCUCUUCGCGAUUCCUCUCUAGCGCUGCACACUCUCGACUUUAAUCAAGGAAAUAGUCGCUUGGAGCCUCGCGUACUUAAAAGGAUUGUGAACUAUGCUAUUUCACACAAUGUCCAACACUUAGGACUUAGUGUAACUAGCAGCAUUGCGCAGAUUCCUCUCACCUUGUUUUCAUCUCACACUUUAACACAUCUUAACCUUUUUAUUUCCACUCAUGACGACAUUGCACAAAUGUCUCUCAAUUUACCAUCAUUAACAUAUCUUAAGCUUUCAGUUUAUUCUGGUCAUGAAAACGUGUUUCCUAAAUCUCUCAUUUUGCCUGCAUUGACUAGCUUGCAACUAGGAAAUUUUGCAUUUUGCGUUGGCGAUAAUGGUUGCGCGGAACCAUUUUCAAUCUUUGAUAGGUUGAAUAGUUUGCUCAUUUGUGGUUGUACCGUGAAAGAUACAACAACGCUUUGCAUAUCAAGUGCAACACUUGUCACUUUUACUAUGUACAGUCAUUCAUAUGACAACUUUUAUAAAAUUGAUCUUUGUACUCCGAGUCUUUCUACAUUUGCUUUUUGUGGUACUCCUUACCAGGAAAUCCGUGGGAGCAAUAUUUCUUCUCUUAAACAUGUAGAUAUUCAUUCAGAUGCACUUUCAAAUGAUCGUUGGCCUCCUUUCUUUCUACUCAGCUGGCUCAUAGAGUUUACGAAUAUAAUAUCAUUGACUAUCACUGCAACUAGUCUUCAGGUUCUCAAUUUAAUUCCUCGUUUGUUCAAGUAUAAUUUCCCUUCCUUGGGUAAAUUGAAGUCUUUGAAUGUGGAAAUUGAUGAAAUUCAAUAUGGAUUUCGCAUGACGCUAUGCGAUGUUAAGUUAUUGAGCGUCAAGUCAAAGAAAAAAGCCGCCAGGAUAAGAAAAGCAUUUUCUUUAGGAUCGGAACCGUCUCCGGCCGUCCCUGAUGGAAUAACGGACUUCUUGCUUCAAAAUUCACCAUCAGCAGAAGUUGUCUUUAUUGAUUGCACAAAAAAACCUCUUAGACCGAGAUAUUUAUAAUUGGGAUCUGCCUGGUUUUUAUAAUCCUUCACAGUCUUAUACAAUACAAGUAUGUCCAUACUUGAAAACUUUUAUUAGAAGAUAUUAAGUGAUCCAUUAUGUUACGAGUAAUAGACAAUGGACUCUUCUUGGGAAAUUAUUCAUGUAGCUCAAGUAGCAAUGAUACAAAACACAAGACGGUUGAGAAAGUUAGGUAAUGAGUGGUUAUUAAUGAUUGGAAAAUUGGGAGAAGCUCUGUUGUUCAGGUGUAACAUUAUUUAGUCUGCAAUACUGAUACUAGUUGAAGUGCCGGUUUUUUUAAAAAUGUAUGUUUGUUAUUUGACGAUCUUCCAUGAGUUUGUGGGCUGUUCAUUGAGAUCAAAGCCUCUGCUACAUUAAUUUUUGAGAUAAAACUUUUGUUAAUUGAUAGUAUGUGUCAUGCAAAGGAUUAUCUAGUUUGUUUGCAGGCUAUUUUGAAUAUAUGUUUUGUGGUGUUAGUUUAAUAAAAUUUUGAAUGCUGUUAUAAGAUUUAAAUUAAAGGUUACUGUUAUUGUGAGUCAAAUAAAAUCUGUAAACAUGGAGAAAUUCUGAAUAAUGGCUCAAUGUAUUGAUGAUUUCACUCAAAAAAAGAAUAGUACACAAUGAGUCAUUUUGUAUAGAAAUACGGAAUAAUAGCUCAAUAUAUUGAUGCAAAGAGUCAUUUUUGUGGAAGUAAAUGGAUUAUAAAUGAAAAUAUUGAGCUAUAUUAAGAAACGGAUAUCUGAUAAAGGUAACAUAAUUAGAUGAAGAAACACUAGAUUCUUAAUCAUUUCAUUAGUCCUUUUCUGUCUUUAUAGAACACCAUGUAAUUUAUCCAACAGUUCAUCUGCACUUGGAAUUAGGAAGUUGUCUUGAUAACAAUUACGGUGAAGCAUCGGUGUUAUAAAGAUGUUUGAUAUGAUGGAUUUGGGCUAGGAUGGGCAAUGUGUGCAAUGUUGGCUUGUCACAAUGUAAUA